AUGAGUGACAGUGCUCCUAGAUCAGUGUUGCAGAUGCGCUAUCGUGCAUUCAUUAAUUUUGCCAAAGAACAUCCCACGGUAGUGUCGGCGGGCCCCGCCUCACUGGUGUCGACCAUUGCAUCGUUCCCGCUUGACAGCAUUAAGAGCAGAUUACAAGUAAAGCAUUAUACGAGUGCAUGGGCUUGCACGCGAGAUGUUCUACGCGCUGAAGGAAUACAGGGCUUGUUUCGGGGUGUUACGUUUCCGUUAAUUACCAUCACUUUUGUCCGUACCUUGUCUUUCAGUGUUUACACGCACACUAAAGAACUCCUCGCUAGGAGCUGGCGUAAGAAGAAAGACAAGCUAUCGGAUGCACUUAUAUUUGGCGCUGCAGGUGGUAUCACAAGCGGCACGAUUAUUUGUUUCAUGUCGGCUCCUUUUGAACUAACUAAGGUUGAAAGGCAGCUCGAAUACCUGAUCUGGACACAAAGGAACAAGAAUAACGGCACACUCGGUACAAAUAAAUUUAUUCCCCGUUCAGGAUUCCAAGCUGCUCGCGACAUUUAUCGUCUGCACGGUGGCUUGCGCGGAUUUUACAUUGGCUUGCGUCUACAUAUGUAUCGCGACAUGACGGGCUCAUGCAUCUACUUUGGAUUGUAUGACACAAUGAGAAUGUUGAGCGACCGCUUGGAGCCUCACCGCCAGAGCUAUGGUAUUCCAGCGCCUUUCGUCUCAUUUCUGAUUGGUUCAGCCAGUGGCAUCAUGUCUUGGUUGUCUAUAUACCCCUUGGACCUCAUUAAAACCCAGGUCCAGCGAGAUGUGCUGGCUGGUGCGCCUAGACGGAGUGGCUUUACUGUGCUACGACGUCUCUUGAUGCAACACGAAGGUGAGCAUGAGCCUGUCAAAAAGGCGCGCAGUAUCCGUGACUUGCCGAUUCACCGCUUCCUACGUCUUUAUCGCGGUCUUGGCAUUAGUGCCAUGCGUAGUUUCAUCUCGCAUGGUCUGACUUGGACGUUGAUUGAAAGCAUCACACGUCACAUUGAAUCAGAAGCAGUGAAUCAUGAUCUCGAUGUAUCCUAUGACUUUGUCGAUUUCCAGUAA